AACCACAGAAUGAGAAAAUGCUGCAAGGAGGAGCGCUGGAUGGAGUCUACAGGCUGGCCCAUUUUCAUAUUCACUGGGGAUCCUGUGAGGGCCAAGGGUCUGAGCACACUGUGGAUGGUGUGAAGUACGAUGCAGAGCUCCAUAUUGUUCACUGGAACGUAAAAUAUGGUGAAUUUGCUGAAGCUGUGAAACAUCCUGAUGGUUUGGCUGUGGUAGGCAUCUUCAUGAAGGUAGGAAAUGCCAAGCCUGAAAUACAGAAAGUUGUGGAUGCUCUGAACUCCGUUCAAACCAAGCCCAUCUACUUUCUUUAUUGUAGAACAAACUUUGACCCCACUGGACUGCUUCCCGCAUGCAGGGAUUAUUGGACGUACCCUGGCUCCCUGACCACCCCUCCACUGCUCGAAUGUGUGAUCUGGCAUGUUCUGAAGGAGCCUAUCACUGUCAGCCCCGAGCAGAUGUGCAAAAUCCGUGGCCUUUGCUUCAGUGCUGAGAAUGAGCCCGUGUGCCAUAUGGUGGACAACUGGCGCCCAUGCCAGCCUUUGAAGAGCAGAGAAGUCAGAGCUUCCUUCCAGUAACCUCAGCGCUGAGUGUGUUAGAAAUUGCUGUGUUUGUGAGGAGCCUCUUCUGCUAAGCACAAAUCAAACCUUUGCCGUGUGUGCCCUGGCAACAUCUUGUCUCUCAGAUCCAUUCUUUCUUUCACUCUGCAUCUAAAAUGCCAGCUAAUGAAAUGUGAAGGGCUCUUGGCCAAAUAGGAAAGGGUUCUUAAGGUGUGGGCUUGGGGGAGGUAUGGGGGGGGGGAGCAGGUGGUGGCUGUGUGCAUUUUGGUGACUAUUACUGAGACCAGCACUUGGGUGUAACAGUAUAUUGGUGACUUGGGAGAGGAUAUGGUGAUAGCAAAAUAAGCCAUUUUUAAGUAACCUCAUCCACUGGUGUGAUAGUACACAUAACUAACGAUAACUUGAAGCUUUGUGAAAAGCACAGGAAUACGGAAUCUAGGUAUGAUUUAGGAAAACAAGUAUUUUGAAGUAAAGCAAAAUGAAUACUGAGAAUUAGACUUCUUAGAUUUUAAGAAACUGACAUGUAAAUAUUUUUGAGACCAUUUUACAUUUUUACCCAUGCUAUCAAGACCCUUGAUUAUGUCUUAAUGGUAGUGUUGGACAUUUUUAAUUAAAAAAUCCUAAAUUUAAGUAUUAUCUUUGAAAGUUGUUAUUACCAUAGAAAUAGUACAAAAUAUCUUUUCAUUGAAAUAAUAUAUGCUCUAAUUUAAAGAGGAAAAUAAUAUUGUAUUUUAGAUAACUUCUCUAAUAAAGCUAUACUU